UCUGAUGGCAGCCUCCCUGGACCCGCAGCUCCCGACCGCGGACGGGCCAUGUUUCCUUUACCGGGAUUACUACUACAUCUAUGUUCCGGAGGAGCUCCACUGGGCUGCCGCAGAGAAGCUGUGCCGACAAAGGUUCGGAUUUCUGGCCACUAUCGCGACGGUUGAAGAGAACCAGAAAACGACCAGCUUCAUGAAGUCCAUUGGUGUGAAGGAGACACUGUGGAUUGGUGCCAAAGUAAAGGAGGCGGGUCCCGGUACCUUUGGUUCACACAUUCUGACGUUUUCUACCAAAACUGACACCAAAUAUGCCAAACUUCUCGUGCAGUUUCCUCAAAUGCAUUCAGUGACCAUUUGUGCUCAAGUACAAUUUGAUUCAAGUUAUGUGGGAGUUUCUACUGUAUUUUCCUAUUCAAUUCCAUCAUUUAUCAAUGAGUUUCAGCUCCGUGCUAACAUUGUCCAUGACCAACAAAUCCAACUUGCGUUGCUUGUCCAUGGUGUCCACACUCCUUACUCUCAGGUUGUGGAGAAUGAUGGUAGAUGGCAUCACGUGUGUUUGAGCUGGACCAGCCAUGGUGGUAGUUGGGCCAUUGCAGCAGAUGGAUCAGUCACUGCAUCUGGAGACCAUCUUUAUAUUUCUGAAGAUAUCGGAGCAGGUGGAGUUUUCAUCAUUGGCCAAGAGCAAGAUACAUUUGGUGGAUCAUUUAAGAAGGAUGAAUCUUUUAUUGGGAAUAUUACACAACUUCACAUCUGGGAUCGUCUUUUGAAUGCCAGUGAGAUUCAGGCUUUAGCAGGAGAUUGUUUGGUUGUUCCACUGGGAUUAUACUUUCAAUGGAACCUCUCCGCCUUUGAGAUUGAAUCAACAGUGCAUGUGCGCAGAGGAUUUUCCCAGUGUAAAGGUGAUGGAUUCCAAACAACAGAACCGUUUGAUGUUGUGUGGGUGGAUGGAACAACGUCCUCUUUUCACAACGUCUCAUCAGAUGUCAACCAUCCAGUUAACAAGGGCGAAUGUGUAGCCUUCAACCCACUGAGUGGAGCGUGGACUUCUGAAGAAUGCUCUAAACAGAAACAAGCACUUUGCAGAUAUGGCAAAGAGGUUUAUGAACAAAUGCAAGUCUUUACUUCUCUACCUCCCUCUGCAUUUUUCCUACGUAUAAAGGAAAAGUCCACUGGUGUUUCAAUUGCAGAUUAUCUUUUGCUGAACAAAAGUGAUUAUCCACAAAAUGUGAUGACUGCAAAUUACAUCACUGAUGUGUUAUUGGAAGCUGCUGAUGAAAGCCAUGCUAGACUCACUUCUGCUGAUUUGCUAGCACUGACAAGGUUUCUCAGAAAUGUUGCUGAACUGGAUUUUGAGACAGAAGCAAAUAAUUCAAAAACAAUUUUGAGCUUGGCUACUAACUACAUUAAAUUGGCAAGCAAAAUCAUGGACGCCAAAUGUUCCUUGGAAUGGCUCAUAAUAUCUGAGAUGAUCCCUGGCCCAUAUGUCAUAAUUCAAAGUAUAGAUAUACUGACUGAAAAACUGUCUGGUAUUUUGCUUUCAAUUAAACCAAGUAUUGUCCUGUCAACAGACAACAUAGAUGUCCAAAUCAAAGCAAGCCAGUUGUCCGGUUUGGAAAGUGGUCUUGUUUACAAACCAACAUGUCUUUCUGCUCGGGAUCGAGUGGAUGAAGUCCAUGUUCCUGGUUCAGAGAUGUCUAGGCUCUUCACAUUAGGGUACAAUGACUUGAUAUUUAUACAUGCUUACUACCGUAGUGUAGAACAUCAUUUGGCACCUCAGAACUUAGACUCUGUACUAGUAGCUGGGAGGACAGACGGAAGUGAAAACAGCCGAUACAACUUGAUAUAUUAUGAUUCCAAUUUGCAAGCAAGCCAGCUACAAACAGCUGUUAUCUCAUCAACCGUGCGUGAUCCAGUCAGAGGAAGAAACAUUCCCACUGCUGUACAAUACUCUCUGUCGCAUAGAGCUGUGGUUGGAUUUUCCAAAUUUGCCACCCCAGCAUGCGUAUUUUGGAACUUCAGUCUUCAAGAUGGACAUUAUGCUGGAUGGUCAAGCCAAGGUUGCCAAGUGAUCCAGUUUGAGUCUGAAAUCACAGUCUGCUUUUGUAGCCAUACAACUAACUUUGCUGUGUUGAUGCAGUACACUGAAAUACAGUGGGGUGUGGAGACGGAGACAAUUUUAAACAAACUGACGUUCAUCGGAUCUGGAGCCUCACUAUGUGCCUUGGUGGUGACCUUGAUUCUUUUCACUGUAUUGGAUAUUCCAAAAUCUGAUCGAACCUCCAUCCACAAAAACUUGUUUGUGGCUCUGAUUGCAGCACAGGUAGUGUUACUGAGUAGUGACUCAGCAACAGACAGUAAGACUGCCUGUACAGCUGUUACUGCUCUUCUGCAUUUAUUUUUUAUGGCUGCUUUUGCAUGGAUGAUGGUGGAGGGGCUGCUUCUCUGGAGUAAAGUAGUUACUGUCAAUCUGAGUGAGGAACGGAGAAUGAAAUACUACUAUCUUAUUGGAUGGGGUAUUCCAGUUCUAAUAGUAACUAUCACACUGGCAGCAGCACACGACAAGUACAUUGCUGAUCGGUACUGCUGGCUGAAUGUCCACAAUGGAGUAAUUUGGGCCUUUGUUGGGCCAGUGAUCUUCAUUAUUAUGGUGAACAUGUUUGUGCUUACACGAGUCGUGCUGAUCACCAUGUCGACAGCCAAGCGACGUGCAAUCAUGCUUGCUGUUAACAGCAGUCCCAUGGAGCAAGCCUACGAUCAGAUAAGGGCUGCUGUGAAAGCUGUGCUGGUACUGUUGCCCAUUCUGGGACUCACAUGGCUCUGCGGAGUACUUGUUCCACUCUCUGUUGUGAUGGCAUAUGUCUUUGUGAUACUCAAUUCCCUGCAGGGUCUCUUCAUCUUCCUGAUAUAUGGAGUGUACAACACAGAGGUAAGAAGUACAAUCAAAAGACUACAAGAGAGAAGAAAAGCUUUGAACUUUUCAAACUGUGCUACUUCUCGACCCUCGAGCUCUUUGACCAGCUCCAGACCUGCUAGUUCACCUGUGACAGGAUCAGAGAGCCUUGCUAAAGACGAUGGGUUACAGGUUGCAGAUGGAGUCAAUCUGCAAGGCAUUUGUAAGAUGUCUUUCUAUGACAACAGUGUCAUAUAUGAAAAUACAGCAGCUGCAAAUGAAAGGCAGCUGUCAACUCCCAGCCUGCCGCGAGCACCUGAUGAGCUGUCAUGCUGUUCUCAGAGCCCUGUGACCUGCACUAAGGGUUGCAAAACUGACGGCCCACUUCCCAGUGGACAGGAGAAUAUGGAGGAUGGCUGCAGUCUGCACGUUCCUUUAGAGCUUGAGGAUCACUCUUGCUAUUCGCUGAAUGUCACAACUCUGAAGCGAGUUGGCAGCUUGUAUUUGGACUGAUUAAAUCAAGAUGACAGGUGUCCUUCUGACUUGCGUUGUGCACUAGGUUGGAAAGUGAUGAUGCUGCAAUGGAUCCUCUGUGUGUGGUGCAGUAAGCUCUUGAGUGUCUUUAAGGAAACCGAUAAAGUAAAUUGAUAAUGGGUGUUCUGUCAUCAUUAAGGCUGAGGCCACUCUCUGCCACCUUAAAAGUUUUCUAUCAUUCAUAAGAUCAAGGAGGUUAGUCUCCAGUUUAGCUUCAACUGUGUUCCACUUGACUAAAACAAAUCAGACAACAACAGUUCCUUUGAGGAAUGGCAUAUUGAGUUUUUAUUGUAAAAUAGUGUUAGCAAAUAUUAUUUAUAAGGCUCUUUUUCUUAUAUCUAAAAUAUGAUUCCUGACUGAAAUAAUUAUUCAACUUGAAGUUAGCGCAAGUCAGGAUUGCAUGAGUUUUAGCUGUUUAGGUGUGUAGUAAAGACAAUGGUCAAAGCAUCACAAUUUAAAUAGCAGAAAGUAAAAACAAGAUCAGACAUAGCAGAAAAUUCUUAAAAACAAAACAGUGUGAUCCAUUUAACCAUCUUUGGUAUUAAUUCGGGUUUGUCCCAAUGGAUAGUAAAUAGACUUUGGCACUGCUCUGCAAGUUUAUCAAAAAUUAGAAAUGAUCUUGUCAAUGGUAAUAUAAGGAGCAGGACUAAUUCUUGUUAGAAAUGGACAAACAAAGAUGAAACUAGAUCAAAGUGAGGUAUUGCAUGAUACCCUAAUUUUCUGGUUUGAUGAUAUUAUCAGAUAAAGAAAAGAAUGAAUUUUUUUUUUAGUUAGCAACUGCAGGAUUGACCAUGGAAUGUCUCAUUUCUGGAGAGGGAAUGUUGCAAUACUGAUGA